AGGGAAGAGAUGGGGGGAUGACAUGUCAUGACAAGGCAGAAGGACUGGUUUGUCUAAAGCUACAGUAUUUUACUGGUUCACGCUACACCACAGAUAAUAUGAUGACGUUAUCUGGCGUAAAUGGAGCUACAGCUUGAGCUAGCUAGCUAGCUAUAUGUACCUGCAAGUUCAGCGAACUAGCAGCUAGCUAACCUUAGCUAGUUAGCCUGCCAAGGAAAGCAAUGGCUUGAUUACAGCAUUUAGCUAGCAAACAACAGAUAUCUAUCUAGCUGCUAGUUUAGAUAGGAAUAGGUGCUGAUUGCAAACGUGGAUUUCCAACAUGUGGUGCAUAUAGCACGUAUUUAAACAUUUUAUACGACUUGUAUAAAUUUACAUUUCAUAUUUUGUCGAGUAAACCCCCGGGCCACAAAUGGAGCCAGGGAGUUCGCGUGAAAAUCCAUCCGGCUCUGGGGGUCCCGAAGUGGCGGGCCUACGUGAGGAGACCCCCGGCGAAGAGGCUGAGGAUGGGGACAACUGCAUCCUGAAAGGAGGAGGAGAUGGAGGCAACGAAAAUACUAUGGACAAGAUGAAAACAGAAUGUAAGGAUGAUGCUGUUACUGGGGAAAAGAUUGAGGAUGCUGAUGAAGGCAAAUAUGAAGAGGAAUUGGACCCUCGAAUUCAGGAGGAGCUAGAACACCUGAAUCAGGCCAGUGAUGAGAUCAACAAGCUGGAACUGAAACUGGAUGAUGCUAGGUCCAGCUACAGGAGGAUCCUCACUGACUCAGCCAGGAAGCUCAAUGCUCAGGGCUCCCAGCUAGGCACCUGUAUCGAGAAGGCCAGGCCCUACUACGAAGCCCGCAGACUAACCAAAGAGGCCCAGCAGGAGACGCAGAAGGCAGCGCUGCGGUACGAGAGAGCCGUCUCCAUGCAUACGGCUGCCAGAGAGAUGGUGUACGUGGCAGAGCAGGGGCUCCUAGCAGACAGGAACACUCUGGACCCCACCUGGCAGGAGAUGCUCAACCACGCCACCUCCAAGGUGAACGAGGCAGAGGAGGAGCGGCUGCGAAGUGAGAGGGAGCACCAGCGGGUCACUCAGCUGUGCCAGGAGGCAGAACAACGAGUCCAGACCCUCCAGAAAUCCCUGAAGAGGGUCAUCGUCAAGUCCAAACCUUACUUUGAGCUCAAGGCUCAGUUCAACCACAUACUAGAGGAGCACAAGGCGAAUGUGGUGCAGCUGGAAGAACGUGUCGCAAAGGUGAAGAUGCGCUACUCCGUCGCCCUGCGCAACCUGGAGCAAAUCAGCGAGCAGAUCCAUGCUCAGAGGGGGCGUGUCCGAGCCACCAGGGCCCACCCCGUAGCCUGCGGUGGGCGGAGCUCCCCAGUGGGGGCGGAGGCUGAGGUCAGAGUUCAGGUUGGAGGAGCCUGUGGCAGAGGAGGAGGCUUGGAGGAGAAGGACUGGGCUGAUGGAGAGAAGACCAGGCAGUGGGUGGAGAGACACAGAGAGCAGGGCUGGGGACACAAGGAGAGGGGAGAGGCAGGGUCAGACUCCAUGUCUGACAUCAGCCUCCAGACCAUCGCCUCGGAUCUGGGGAAGUGUGACUCGGUGGAGCACCUGGGGGAUCUGAGUGACGUGAGCAGCCUGAUGGGAGAGGACUGGGAGAGGGAGAGGGACCAGUCCUUGAUAGCUGAGAACAGAGACAGAGAUGGGAACCCCAGGGCAGAGGAGAGAGUUGUGAGGGAUGUGAGCAGCCUGAUGGGAAAGGACUGGGAAAAGGAGAGGUCCUUGAUAGCUAAGAACAGAGACGGGAACCCCAAGGCAGAGGAGAGAGUUGUGAGGGACGUUGUCAUCCCCACUCCAAGGCAGGAUAGAUUGGAGGAGGUGAGGGAGGCGAUAGGGAGAGAGAGACAGGAGAGCUUUGUCAAGCAGCACCACAGAAGUGUGAGUUUGUGAGUCCAGAAGAAUAGAAUGGACCGACAGUGACACUACUAGAUCACAACACUAGCGAGACACGCAGAGAGUGAGGAAUGGGAGUCAGGGAAGAAAUAUAUGGUAAAGUACUGGUAUUUAUUGUUAAUGCACAUACUUUUAAUAUUGUUUUGUUCAUGCAGACCUGUGCCAUUGAUUUGAAUCUUUUGACUGUUUUAAAGUUGAUUUGCACAUGAUGACAGUACUUGUGGAGUUUUGUUUUUCCCUUUUCCCAGUCCUUACCUCUUCACCCAACCAUCAUUGUUCCCCCUUUGUUACCUGGCUGUCCCCCCUUCUUUUACCUGUUCAAUAACACAUUUUCUCUUCUGUUUUUCACACUAAUUGGUUUAUUUAAUUACCCAUUAUUUUUCCAUUUGUUACUCAUUCAGUUAAUCCUUGUAAACUGCCUGUUCUCCUUUUAACUACUUCAGUACCACCUUAGUUUUUCAUCUUUGACUGUUACAUAACCUGGUCAGCAUCAUCCUUGUUACCUGGCUGUUCUCUUGUCUUAACCUGGUCUAUAUCAUCCUUGUUACCUGGCUGUUCUCUUCUCUUAACCUGGUCUAUAUCAUCCUUGUUACCUGGCUGUUCUCUUGUCUUAACCUGGUCUAUAUCAUCCUUGUUACCUGGCUGUUCCCUUCUCUUAACCUGGUCAACAUCAUCCUUGUUACCUGGCUGUUCUCUUCUCUUAACCUGAUCUAUAUCAUCCUUGUUACCUGGCUGUUCCCUUCUCUUAACCUGGUCUAUAUCAUCCUUGUUACCUGGCUGUUCUCUUGUCUUAACCUGGUCAGCAUCAUCCUUGUUACCUGGCUGUUCUCUUCUCUUAACCUGGUCAGCAUCAUCCUUGUUACCUGGCUGUUCUCUUGUCUUAACCUGGUCUAUAUCAUCCUUGUUACCUGGCUGUUCCCUUCUCUUAACCUGGUCAGCAUCAUCCUUGUUACCUGGCUGUUCUCUUGUCUUAACCUGGUCAGCAUCAUCCUUGUUACCUGGCUGUUCCCUUCUCUUAACCUGGUCAGCAUCAUCCUUGUUACCUGGCUGUUCUCUUCUCUUAACCUGGUCAGCAUCAUCCUUGUUACCUGGCGGUUCUCUUGUCUUAACCUGGUCAGCAUCAUCCUUGUUACCUGGCUGUUCCCUUCUCUUAACCUGGUCAGCAUCAUCCUUGUUACCUGGCUGUUCUCUUGUCUUAACCUGGUCAGCAUCAUCCUUGUUACCUGGCUGUUCCCUUCUCUUAACCUGGUCUAUAUCAUCCUUGUUACCUGGCUGUUCUCUUGUCUUAACCUGGUCAGCAUCAUCCUUGUUACCUGGCUGUUCCCUUCUCUUAACCUGGUCAGCAUCAUCCUUGUUACCUGGCUGUUCUCUUGUCUUAACCUGGUCUAUAUCAUCCUUGUUACCUGGCUGUUCUCUUCUCUUAACCUGGUCAGCAUCAUCCUUGUUACCUGGCUGUUCUCUUCUCUUAACCUGGUCUAUAUCAUCCUUGUUACCUGGCUGUUCCCUUCUCUUAACCUGGUCAGCAUCAUCCUUGUUACCUGGCUGUUCUCUUCUCUUAACCUGGUCAACAUCAUCCUUGUUACCUGGCUGUUCUCUUCUCUUAACCUGGUCUAUAUCAUCCUUGUUACCUGGCUGUUCCCUUCUCUUAACCUGGUCAACAUCAUCCUUGUUACCUGGCUGUUCUCUUGUCUUAACCUGGUCUAUAUCAUCCUUGUUACCUGGCUGUUCCCUUCUCUUAACCUGGUCAGCAUCAUCCUUGUUACCUGGCUGUUCUCUUCUCUUAACCUGGUCAGCAUCAUCCUUGUUACCUGGCUGUUCUCUUGUCUUAACCUGGUCUAUAUCAUCCUUGUUACCUGGCUGUUCUCUUGUCUUAACCUGGUCAGCAUCAUCCUUGUUACCUGGCUGUUCUCUUGUCUUAACCUGGUCAGCAUCAUCCUUGUUACCUGGCUGUUCUCUUCUCUUAACCUGGUCAGCAUCAUCCUUGUUACCUGGCUGUUCCCUUCUCUUAACCUGGUCAGCAUCAUCCUUGUUACCUGGCUGUUCUCUUCUCUUAACCUGGUCUAUAUCACAUUUGCUGCUCCCCACAAUGUUCCCACUACCCCCAUUCCAUUCGCUGAUAAAUGCUGAUUUGGGAUCAGUGGUCAGUUGGUCAGUCCCAAAUGGCACCCUAUUCCCUAUAUAGUGCACAAGGGCCCAUAGGGCCCUGGUCAAAUGUAGUGCACUAUGUAGGGAAUAGGGUGUGUGAAGCAUUAAUGGAAAGUCUUCUCAUUUACCUGCUCCACUUGACACCGUGGUUUAUUUGUUCAUGUAAAUGGACCGCAUCCCAAAUACAGCUGUACUACAUUCCUUACAUAGUGCUCUACUUAUGGGGCCUUGUCAAAAGUAGUACACUAUGUAGGGAACAGGGUGCUAUUUAAAGUGUAGUUGAUGUAUAAUAAUAAUAAUAAUGAUGAUAUGAAUGUUAAUUUAUUAAUCAUGUACAUGGUAAUUUAUGGAAUGUGAUGCUAUUUCCAAGUAUUAAACUUUGAUUUAACACAA